AUGGAGAUGAUGCAGAUGUCCGAGGAAAUAAGACGAUUGAUUGCUACAAGCUUUGCUCAGAUGGAAGCUCGGAUGGCUCGGAUGGGAGCUCGGAUGGAAUCUGAGUGCCAUACUUUGAUGGAAAGCUUUGCUCCGAUGGAAGCUCGGAUAAAAUCUCGGUUCCAUACUUUGAAUGAAAGCUUUGCUCGGAUGGAAUCCCGGUUGGCAACUUUGGAGGAGAGAGUGGAUUCGAAUUACUCCACACUUAUGACACUUACAAGCAUACAACAGUAUAAUAGUAGACUGCAAUCAGAGCUUCUGGCAACAAACGAGGAGAAGGAGAAGGAGAAGGAGAAGGAGAAGGAGAAGGAGAAGGAGAAGGAGAAGGAGAAGGAGAAGGAGAAGGAGAAGGAGAAGGUAGUCCAGGCUCUAUCGGCUGAAGUUGCAAAAUACAAAGAAUGCAUAGGGAAAUCCAUUGCCGAGUUAGACAGCCUGACAACUAGUGCAACUGAUCUUGAGUCGACAUGUUUGUCUCAAAGUGAGCAAAUAAGAAGAUUACAGGAGCAGCUUGCUUUUUUAGGAAAGAAAUUGAAGCUAUCUGAUAUGUCGGCAUUGGAGGUCAGAUCUGAGCUCGAGGAACAGAAGACAAUCAUUUUUGAGUUACAGAAUCUUUUGGCUAAUGCAAAGUCAAAGAUUGUAGAAGAGGAAAAACUUUGCAAAAAAUUGCACAACACAAUCCUGGAGUUGAAAGGGAACAUCCGUGUCUUUUGUAGAGUGCGGCCCCUUCAGUCCGAUGAUGGAGUCGGAAACGAUGCUAAAGUUGUCUCAUUUCCAACGUCAACGGAAACAUUGGGACGAGGCAUUGAUUUGGCACACAACGGACAAAAGCUUUCUUUCACUUUCGAUAAAGUGUUCAUGCCCGAUGCUUCUCAGGAAGAUGUUUUUGUGGAGAUCUCACAGCUUGUUCAGAGUGCACUUGAUGGCUAUAAGGUAUGCAUCUUUGCAUAUGGCCAAACAGGUUCAGGCAAGACCCAUACAAUGAUGGGUAAGCCAGGACUACCCGAUCAGAAAGGUCUCAUUCCAAGAUCACUAGAGCAGGCGUUCGAGACGAGGCAAAUUCUUCAAGCCCAAGGAUGGAAGUAUGAUAUGCAGGUUUCAAUGCUUGAGAUAUAUAAUGAAAUGAUUCGUGACUUACUAGCACCAAAUAGAACAGGCUCUGAUGCCUCGAGAGCAGAAAAUGCUGGAGAGCAAUAUGCAAUCAAACACGAUGCCAAUGGAAACACUCACGUUUCUGAUCUAACUAUUGUGGAUGUUCGAAGUAGCAAGGAGGUUUCUUAUCUCUUGGAAAGAGCAGCCAGAGCAGGAAAGACUCAAACGAACGAACAGUCUUCAAUGAGUCACUUUGUCUUCACAUUGCGAAUAAUGGGUUUUAACGAGAAUACUGGCCAACAAGUGCAAGGUGUCCUUAACCUGAUUGACCUUGCUGGUAGUGAGCGUUCGUCUAAGGGUGGAUCUACAGGGGAUCAACUGAAAGAAACUCAGGCCAUCAAUAAGAGUUUAUCAUCAUUAAGCGACGUUAUAUUUGCUUUGGCCAAGAAGGAAGAACAUGUGCCUUACAGAAACUCCAAGCUAACCUAUCUUCUCCAGCCUUGCUUAGGUGGAGACUCGAAGCUUUUGAUGUUCGUUAAUGUUUCUCCGGAUGCUUCAUCAGAGGUCAAACUUUCCUUGAUCAUCUUCCAGAUUUCUGAUUCUAGAAUCAGACGCUUGAUUGCUGACAGGUGCACUGAAUUGGCCGCAAACAUGGAGGACGGCUUACUGUUUCCAUCUGUAUUCCAGAAGCUACACGGACAAUCUUAUUUAUUUUCCCGUAUUUCUUCUCAAGCCCACUCCCGAAACACUGGUUUGCACCAUUUGAGUGUUGCUUAUGUCAAUGGAGGAGUUCAUAGCCUCUCCUCACCGUCCUUACAAAGAACUGGCCUGGAAACUGGUCCACAAUUCUCAUCUUUCCUUAUACAGGCUCCAGCCGAGAAUGAAAAAGGGUUAUCUGGAUUUAUGGUGGAUUUCCUCAUGGGAGGUGUUUCUGCUGCCGUAUCCAAGACUGCAGCAGCCCCAAUUGAGAGAGUAAAACUUUUAAUUCAAAAUCAGGAUGAGAUGAUCAGAGCUGGUCGGCUGUCUGAGCCUUACAAGGGAAUUUCUGACUGUUUUGCCAGAACCAUUAAGGAUGAAGGUAUUCUUUCCCUUUGGAGAGGCAACACUGCCAACGUUAUCAGAUACUUUCCUACUCAGGCCCUCAACUUUGCAUUCAAAGAUUACUUCAAGAGACUGUUUAACUUCAAGAAGGACAAAGAUGGAUACUGGAAAUGGUUUGCCGGGAACUUGGCAUCUGGUGGUGCUGCUGGUGCCUCAUCUCUCCUGUUCGUUUAUUCACUUGAUUACGCCAGAACACGUUUAGCGAAUGAUGCUAAGGCAGCAAAAAAGGGUGGAGAGAGACAGUUCAAUGGCUUGAUUGAUGUUUACAGGAAAACGGUUAAAUCCGAUGGUCUUGUUGGACUUUAUCGUGGGUUUAACAUCUCUUGUGUUGGCAUUAUAGUUUACCGUGGGCUCUAUUUUGGAAUGUACGAUUCACUGAAGCCGGUUGUUCUAACUGAUACAUUGCAGGAUAGUUUUCUAGCUAGUUUCUUGCUGGGGUGGGGUAUCACCAUUGGAGCUGGCCUGGCGUCUUACCCAAUCGAUACCGUGCGUAGAAGGAUGAUGAUGACAUCAGGCGAGGCGGUCAAAUACAAGAGCUCGAUCGAUGCAUUUUCCCAGAUCGUCAAGAAAGAAGGGACCAAAUCGCUCUUUAAAGGUGCUGGAGCCAAUAUAUUGAGGGCUGUUGCAGGUGCUGGUGUGCUGGCUGGCUACGAUAAAUUGCAGGUUCUCGUUUUUGGUAAGAAAUAUGGAUCAGGUGGCGGUGGUUAA